AGCAAAAUGCCCGACAUCAAGGAGAAUGUGCCCCCAAAAGAACCUGGCAGAGGCUCCUGCGAGCCCGAGACCUCAGAACCGACCCAGGAAGACGAGAACAGCUCCCAGGACAACCCUUCGCUACUUUCAGUUUCAGAUCUGACAGAGACAAUCAAUGAAGUUUCCAAGAUGAGCAGCGAGAUUGGAUUGAAUCGUGAUUUCCAUGGGGAGGAAAAUUUGCCUUCAAACAGUUCAGAAGGCAAGGUCAAGGAGACAAUGCACAAUGACUUUUGGGACCAUCUUAAGGAACAGCUAACAGCUACUCCCCCUGACUUCAGUUGUGCUCUCGAACUUCUGAAAGAAAUCAAAGAGAUCUUGCUGUCACUGCUAUUACCACGUCAGAACCGCCUGAGAAGUGAGAUUGAAGAAGCUCUGGACAUGGAGUUGAUCAAGCAGGAGGCAGAACACGGAGCCCUGGACGUCCCUUACCUUUCAAAGUACAUCCUCAACAUGAUGACUCUGCUGUGCGCUCCGGUCCGAGAUGAAGCCGUACAGAAACUCGAGAACAUCACCGACCCCGUUUGGUUACUGAGAGGGAUCUUCCAGGUCCUGGGCCUGAUGAAGAUGGACAUGGUGAACUACACCAUCCAGAGCCUGCAGCCACACCUCCAGGAGCACUCCAUCCAGCUGGAGCGGGCCAAAUUCCAGGAACAGCUCAACAAGCAGCCGAGUCUCCUGGACCACACCACCAAGUGGCUGACGCAAGCAGCGGCCGACCUGUCCACUCCACCCUCCGCGGCCCUUGACCCGCCUGACUCUUCCAACGUGGCGGGCCCUGCGCCAAGUGAGGCAGCCAGCAACUCGGAGCCCCUGAGCCCCACGAUGGUGCUGUCCCAGGGCUUCCUGAACCUCCUUCUCUGGGACCCUGAAAACGAAGAGUUCCCCGAGACCCUGCUGAUGGACAGAACCCGGCUGCAGGACCUCGAGUCCCAGUUGCACCAGUUAACCAUCCUGGCCUCGGUCCUGCUCGUGGCCAGCAGUUUCUCUGGCAGCGUUUUGUUUGGUUCACCCCAGUUUGUGGAUAAACUGAAACGCAUUACCAAGUCCCUGAUGGAGGAAUUUAAGACCAGGCCUGAGGAGGCUAUGAAGACUGUGAGCGAGCAGGUGUCUCAGGAAAUCCACCAAAGCCUCAAGACCAUGGGCCUGGCUGCGCUGAGCAGUGAGAACACGUCCUCUCUGACAGGGCAGCUCGAGAACAUCGCCAAGAAGGAGAACUGCGUCCGCAGCGUCAUCGAUCAGCGGAUCCACUUGUUUCUCAAGUGCUGUUUGGUUCUUGGAGUGCAGCGAUCUCUGUUAGACCUUCCCGGAGGCCUCACCCUCAUUGAGGCAGAGCUGGCGGAACUGGGCCAGAAGUUUGUGAACCUGACACAUCACAACCAGCAGGUGUUUGGCCCCUACUACACGGAGAUCCUCAAGACCCUCGUCUCCCCGGCUCAGGCCCUGAGCGCCAAAGUGGAGUCUCUCUGAUAGCACCACUCAGAGCCCUGGCAUAUUGGACUCAGGAGAAGGCCAUCAUCUUCCUGGGUAACGUCACCUUGACUGGCAGGGCAGCGAGGCCUGAUCCCCACCGCCAGUAUGCCAGGGCUGAAGGGACUAGCAAGUGAAUGCCAACUGGUCCAAACCCAUUCACCAAUGAACAUUCAAACUGCAAAGUAAAAGAAAAGAAAAACAAAACAAAAACAACCCUCCACUCUUCCUGUGCUUCAGCUGAGGUCAGGCCCUGGCCCUCAGCCCAGAGCUAGCUGAGAAGUCAACAGGCCCCAUGUCCCCUUCUUUGGCCUUAGGUCCCCUUUAAGCACGUGCAGCUGAGCAUCCAAGACACUAGGUCCUAGCAUUAGUUUCUCUUAAGGGUGAAGCAUUUCUCUGAGAACUCCCAUGGAAUUAUCCAUGAUGUGAGUCUAAGGACUUCUCGGGACGCCUUUGUUUCGUCCAGUUCAGAUGGGCAGAGGGCAUGGUUGGAAGCAGUUAGGAAGCUCAUGGUCAGGACUAGAUUCCCCUGAAGGUUUCAGAUGAUCCCAGAAGUAAAGGAACAGGAAAAGCUGGAUGCCCAUGGGCGCUGGGGACAGGGAUCAGCACUCACCGGUCCUCCCAGGUUGUCGGGGUUCAGCUGGGGCCUUUAGGUCAGUUUUCCUGGUCCUGUUCUCUAGCCCAGCGAGUCUCCUGCUCCGUCUCUGAGCUUAGAACACCUGUUCUUCAGACAGAGGGAUGAUUGUGCUCAGAGGGGGCGGGCUUCCCUCCAGCUCCCCUCUGGUCUGGGAGGGGCUCCUUGUCACUGAUAGACACCAGUCGGGAAGGUUCUAGGAAGGACCUGCUUCUCUCGGACUGUAGGUUUCCAACCCAUGGUUUUCAGGCCGACUGCAACAGAGCAGCCCCAACAUAGAGUGGUUGAGAUGAGGCAGGUGUGAUCCAGAUGUGAUCUCUUUGUAAUGGACAAGAGAACAUGAAGGUGCACUAGGGUGCCUUCUCAAGGGGCGGGAAGAUCAACAACAUUCGCCAUUCAAGAGACGGAGGUGUAACGCUCUGAAUGUAGCAGUGGCAACACGGAGAGAUUUGAGUUCUAGAUCUAGGGCUCUCCCCUAAUGGAGGCCCUUUGCUAGAGGAUAGAGUCUAGGGGUGACCAGAAAGCUGGGGGCGUGGAUCAUUCCAAGUUUCCAGUCUCCUACCUGCACAGCCUCAGGACAGGGGAGCCCAGAAAAGGUGGUGUGUUGAAUAACAGUGAGGCUUGGUGAACUGGAUUCUCUGAUUUGCAACAAUCUGAUUUUGAAGCCAUCCACAUUUUGGAAGCCUCAGGCUCUUAGAGGCAGAGGUGCUCUUGAGGGAUUCCUGUGGGGAAGAGCACGGGCUGU